AUGAAAGGAGUGUGGAGAAUGAAAGGAGUGUGGAGAAUGAAAGGAGUGUGGAGAAUGAAAGGAGUGAAGAAUGAAGGAGUGGAGAAUGCAGGGAGUGUGGAGAAUGCAGGGAGUGUGGAGAAUGCAGGGAGUGUGGAGAAUGCAGGGAGUGUGGAGAAUGCAGGGAGUGUGGAGAAUGCAGGGAGUGUGGAGAAUGCAGGGAGUGUGGAGAAUGAAAGGAGUGACGGCAUACAGGGAGACGAGGGCGGUGAGAUUGCCGAUGACAUCUGGCAGCACCAUUGUGAGCUCGCACUGGCGGAGGGGAUUGCAGGGCGGAGGGGAUGGCAGGGCGGAGGGGAUUGCAGGGCAGCACUCGGUCCUUGUGCAAGACGGGUGAAGCCACACACGCUGAUAACUGACGCCCCCCAUCCCAAUAUCGCUUUCCCUCCCUCCCGUUUCCUCCCUCCCAUUCCCUUCCUCCCAUUCCCUCCCUCCCAUUCCCUCCCUCACAUUCCCUCCCUCACAUUCCCUCCCUCCCAUUCCCUUCCUCCCAUUCCCUCCCUCACAUUCCCUCCCUCACAUUCCCUCCCUCCCAUUCCCUUCCUCCCAUUCCCUCCCUCCCAUUCCCUCCCUCCAAUUCCCUCCCUCCCCCCAUUCCCUCCCUCUCAUUCUCCCCUCCCAUUCCCUUCCUCCCAUUCCCUCCCUCCCUUUCCCUCCCAUUCCCUCCCUCCUAUUCCCUUCCUCCCAUUCCCUCCCUCCCUUUCCCUCCCAUUCCCUCCCUCCCAUUCCCUCCCUCCCAAACCCUCCCUACCAUUCAGCCACUCCCUCCCAUUCCCUGACUUGCUCACUGCCACCCGCCGCCGUCUACUGUUGCCCACUGCCGCCCACUGCCGCCCAACUUCCUCCGUCCACACCUUCGAUGGUCGUUGA